GUCAUCGAUCAAAAUACGCAGCAAACGUCAUUCCCCCUUCAUCAUUAAAUAAUCACAUUUGCAUUGUUUACACCCCGAUAUUAGUUUAAUGUUAUUUUUACUCAGAUUCUUUGUGAUAAUUCGUUCAUUAAAAUGAAACGAAAAUUUCAAGUUCCAAAAGCAGACUCUGCUAACACAUACGUAAUAAUUGAAACCGUGGAAAGUGGUGAAAUUUACGUUCAAUUUAUACCACACGUGUGGUUAUUUGCACACAAAAAAAAUGUUGCGAUCAAGCCGCGAGAUACAGCAAAAUUUUAUUUUCCGCGACGUUUGCCUAACCAAACUAAGGACAAAUUCAUGAAAUUCACGAAACAUGCAAAAUUUGUGUGCACGGUACCAGAAAACAAUGAUCAAUGGGAUUGUCGCGAGGGCAGAGUAUUAAAAAUUGGCUUAGCUUCAAUUGAAGAAGCUAUAAGUGCCGAGAAAGUGUUCUGUGAGUACUUCAGUACAACCGAAGCCGAAGCUGCAGAGAUUGAGCCUUCGAAACCUAAGCAUCUAAAACGAAACAAAAAAGCACCUGUGAAAACUAUUCAGAGGAAAUUUGAAAGCAGUUCGGAAAGCGAACCUGAAUGUCAACAACCAGUUCAGACGAUAUCCAACUACAAUUCUUGUUUUGUACCAGAUGUACCGAACAAUAUAAUAAUGCAAUCUGUCGAUGCUGAUUCCUUCGUUUCCAACAUGCAAGGUCCAGAAGUGUUUAACUUCGCUGAUUUGCUAACAAACGACAACGAAAAUAUGAUCAAUGCUGAUACACAGUCGCAGCAAACUGCAAAUUUUGUCGUAUUGAAUGACAUCGGCCUACAUGAACCGGACAAGAAUUAUGAGCCAAUGGAACGACAAAUUCUUAAUUUCAACGCAGAAGCAAAUGUGCCAGUUGGUAUUCAGUUGGCUACAUCUAACGAACUGUAA